CCGAACCCAGACGGACCCGCCCCACCACCAGACCAGACCAGACCAGAGAGAGCCACCAGCAUGGCGGCCGCCCGCGCCCAGGCGCUCCGCGCGCUGCUCGCCAGGUGCUCGGCGAAAUGUCACCGCCGCUCCUCCCCGUCCCCCUCCUCAUCUUCCGCAGCCGCCUCCUUGUCCAGCCUUCCCGGCGCCGCCCCCUCUCGCUCCCUACCCGCCUCCCUCUGCCGACGCCUCUACCCAGCUUCGCCACUGCACGCGGCGCGGGCGCAGACGCAGACGCGCUCCCUGGCGAGCGAGGCCGCGCGGGGCGGCGUCGGCGGGCGCGACGCCGACGCCGACGCCGACGGCGAGGAGGAGGCGCGGGAGUGGGCGGUGGAGUGGGAGGACAGCGAGGACGACGGGUACGACCCCGAGAUCGGCGACGGCGGGGACGGCGGCGGGGUCGUGCUGCGGCUGCGGGACGUCAAGUGGGGGGAGCGCGCCCUCGCCGCGGCCCAGGAGGUCCUCGCUGGCCACUUCGGGGAUGACGUCGCCAUGUUCGCCUUCAAGGUGUCGCCCAAGGGAUACGUCUACGUGCGCCUGGACAAGCUCACCAACAUGUAUGGGUGCCCUGAUAUUGAGGAAAUAGAGGGCUUCAAUAGGCUCUACAAGCAGAAACUGGAUGAGAUCAUUGAAAGAGGCGAGAUACCCCUGGACCUUGCAGUUGAGGUAUCAUCACCAGGUGCUGAGAGGCUUCUGAAGGUGCCUGAGGACUUGGAUCGCUUCAAGGACAUGGCUAUGAGGGUGCAAUACCUUGUCGAAGGUGAUAGCAACCUUGACUCGAAGCAGAACCUACUGAAGGAUGGCAUCUUCUUGCUUGAGUCAGUUGACACUCAGGCUGAGCACUGCGUCUGGAAACUGGCAGAUGUCAAGGAGAACAGAGCUGAAGCUGGGAAAGGAAGGCCACUGAACAGGAAGCAGAAAGACUGGAGGCUGCAAACUUUGUUCACGUCAGUGAAGAAGGUGACCCUGUACUUGGACUCCAACUAGCAACGCCUAUAGUUAGAAAGGUUAAGACUUCCAAACUAUCAUAUAGUCUAAGUCAUGCUUAUUCUUCAGAGUUAAGAAAGAGCAGCAUUAAGGCUGUGUCAGAAUGACGUGGCAUAGUUUUUUGUAGAGGCAGGUUGCCUUGUAUGGGAUCACAUUCUCAUCUGCUGAGAUUGACUUGUUGAACUCAACAUCAGCAAUUUAGCUAAAUGAACAUCCUCCAACUCUUA